AUGAGUGUUAGCCGCGAAGAGGCUGAUAGGGUGCUCCGUAAGCGGAAAUCGGAAAGAGAAUCACACGCAUGUUAUCCUUGCCGGAAGCGAAAGGUGAAAUGUGACGGAAAUAAACCGUGCGGAACUUGCAACAAGCGCAAACACCCGCAAAUUUGUUCGUACGGCAUCGAGCCCCGUCCAAGGGGAGCAUCCCGCCAGACUAGCGCCCGCUCAGCUUCACCGAUAUCGCCUGGGCCUGCACCUAAUAACACUGCGGAGCAAUCUGCUCAGCAGAAUGAUUUUUCUUCAAACUAUGUGUAUUCAGGAGACAACUCGGUCAUCUCCAUUCUACGUUCACGUGCCUCGGAUGCGAAUGAGGUGGGCAGGGAAGUUGGUUCUGUCUUAGGCCUCCAGAAUACCCUGAGCAGCUAUCCAUUCAUGGAUUCAAAGACACCUGGAGAUAAAUGGAAAUCGCUUCUCGGCAUAUUACCGGACAGGACUGAGAUCCUUCGAUUCUUUCACCACUAUCGUGUCACAGCAUACCCAUUCAAUCCAAUCAUCACAGAUCUGGGUCAGUUUGAGGCCGACCUAUGCACUUAUUUGAAUGCGCAUGCCGCGGGUGAGCUACAGGAUCCCGAGCGGAUUACGCCUCGAUGGGCAAGCGAUAAGUCAAUCGGGUUUAUUAGUCUACUACUGGCCGCCCUAGCUGGGGGCGCUCACUACUCGGAUGUUGAAUAUCCCAAGCGAUUGGAACUCACGGAGGACCUAGCUCGCAGGUCAUUCCAUGCUCUCCGUCUAGCUAAUUUCUUAUUUCGCCCAACCUGGAUGUCAAUCCAAGCAUUACUGAUACUGGGGGCUCUAUUAAGAGAUUUAGGUCAAUCAGACGCCUCGUGGUGUUUGCUUGGAAGCACAGUCCGAUUAGGGCAAACAAUGGGACUACAUACUGAGAGAAGCGCCGUCCAUUGGCCUGAUGACGUGCGAGGAAAAGCCAAGACUCUUUGGGCAACUAUCGUGUGGCAAGAUAGUCUUCUCUGCCUCUGUUAUGAUCGUCCUCCUAUUGUGUCUGCAGCCGGUUGGCCUCUCGACACUACGAUAUCCGAGCGUAAUGAUCUAUCAUAUGCAGAGACCAUGCAUUUGAUAUGUCGUAUCGGACUCGAUAUAAUGCGGCCAGAGAGCCUCGGUUCAAGCGAAAUGGAUCGGGCCAUAGAGAAUCUCCAGAAACUGGACGAUGUGUGCGGACGAAGUCAACCCUAUCUGCAGAAGAAUUGCGUUACCUUACAACAAAACCUCGAACAUCUCGCGUUGAGGAUGCAUACAUCCUUUUGUAUAUCUGUUCUUUGCCGACCAGUUAUGAAAAGAACCCAGCCACAACCAAUUUAUUCACAUGCCGAGUUUCUUCGUACUCGCGCAAAAGAGAGUUUGAUUGACGCAUCCAAAUCUUUCCUUGACUUUCAAGCCCUCAGCAUCGUCCCUCUUCGAAGUUGGUCCAUGAUCCAUACUGUUCUGAGCUCAUGUCUGCUAUUAUGCAUCUGGGAGGAGACACGGAAUGACUUGGAAUGCCGCAACCUGCAGCAGAGAGUGUUCGAUGUCUUUUCUUCCUCCAUGCCAGGAGCUACAGAGGAAGGCAAUACACAGGUAAGCCUCGGAGCGAAAUGGUUGUCUCCUGGACAUAUUCGCGCGUUGAUCACUCUGCGAAGCACGCUUGAUCGGGAGGGAGAGCAAGUUAGAGUUGAGCCGGAAGGUGUUCCAGGAAUCCCACCAGGUAUUCCCGAUAUAGAUUUUGAAUCUUUAUUGCCACCCGGGACAAAUCUGGAUGCGUUUCCGGAUAUAUUUAACCAAUUUGAUUCCUCACCGGUGUCAUACCUAGACUCGAUCAUGAAUGGACAGUGGAUUUCUAUGAUCGAGUGCGAUUUUUGGUAUGCGGUGCACGUGGCUGAAUGA